AUGGAGAGAAAGCAAAAAAAGAAUGGAGGAGCACACCGAAGGCAAGUAUUACUUCUCCUGCAAUUAUCGUUCCCUUACUGGGUUGCUUCAGAGCAGAUUCAUUAUUCAAUACCUGAGGAAAUGACAAAAGGUUCUGUUGUGGGGAAUCUUGCUAAGGAUUUGGGGCUGAAUAGCAAAGAACUGGCAAAACGCAGCAUGCAUGCUGCCUCAGUGGAUAAUAUGAAAUACUUUGGAAUCAAUACAGAAAAUGGAAAUUUCUAUAUAAAUGAAAGGAUAGACCGGGAACAAAUAUGUGGUAAAAUUCUACUUUGCUUGGUUAACUUUGAAGUAGUGAUUGAAAACCCUCUGAAUAUUUUCCAUGUAAGUAUAAAAAUCCAGGAUAUUAAUGAUAAUGCUCCACAGUUCCUUAAUGGCAAUAUCAACUUGGAAACAAGUGAACUGACUUUGCCAGGCAGCAGAUUUCUUCUUGGAAAAGCUGAAGAUCCUGAUAUUGGAAUAAAUUCUUUGCAGAAUUACCAGCUCAGUUCCAAUCCAUAUUUCAUUUUGGAAGUAGAAGAGAGCGAAGAUGGAAAUAAAUUUGCAGAUUUAGUUCUGCAGAAACCAUUAGAUCGUGAACGUCAAGAGUCUAUUCAUUUGGUUCUUACAGCAAUAGAUGGAGGUGAACCUAGAAAAAGUUCUACUGUGCAAAUAUUAAUAAAUGUUACUGAUGCCAAUGAUAAUCCCCCCAUUUUUACUCAAGAGGUCUAUAAAGUUAGUCUGAGGGAAAAUGCUCCUACUGGAACCACUGUGCUCCAGACUGUGGCUUCUGAUGCUGAUGAAGGCCUAUAUGCUCAAAUCAGAUAUCAUUUCAGUAACAUACCAGGAAACGCCCAAGAGAAAUUCAGUAUGGAUCCAAUCAAAGGGACAAUUACUCUCAUGAAGACAUUAGAUUUUGAAGAAAACAAAGAAUAUACUAUAACAGUGGCAGCAAAAGAUGGUGGAGGAUUAGUAACACAUUGUAAAGUGCAAAUAGAAAUUGUAGAUGAGAAUGACAAUUACCCAGAGGUAACACUAGUUUCCUUAUUUACCCCACUUCCUGAAAAAUCUAGGUCCGGAACCUUAAUUGCUCUUAUAAAUGUUAAAGAUAAAGAUGCUGGUGACAAUGGAAAGAUAACUUGUUAUUUACAAGAUGAUUUGCCAUUCAACAUUCUUCCAUCAUCUAACAACUAUUACACACUCCUGACAGACAGACCCCUGGACAGAGAAAAAACUUCUGAGUAUAACAUUACAGUCAUAGCUACUGACAAAGGAAUUCCCCCACUGAGUACAAACAAAACCAUCUCGCUGCAGAUCUCUGAUAUCAAUGACAAUGCCCCUGCCUUUGAGAAAGCUUCCUACAGCAUCUAUGUGCCAGAAAACAAUCCUUCUGGAGCUUCCAUCUUCCAGAUUCAGGCCUUUGAUCCAGAUGUGGACCAAAACUCACAGAUCACAUACUCCAUCCUCACCAGCAACAUUGAAGAACUUCCCAUCUCUUCCUAUAUCUCCAUUCAUUCUGAGACUGGCACCAUCUAUGCCCAGCGAUCCUUUGAUUAUGAGCAGUUCAGGGAAUUCCAGCUGCAAGUGAAAGCCCAAGAUGGAGGUAGUCCAUCUCUCAGCAGCAACGUCACUGUCAGAGUGUUUAUCCUGGAUCAGAAUGAUAACAGCCCCCAAAUCCUGUCCCCUUCACCAGAUUCCAAAGAUUCUGCCCUCUUUGAGAUGAUUCCUCGGUCAGCCGAGGCAGAUUAUCUGGUAACAAAGGUGGUAGCUGUGGAUGCUGAUUCCGGACACAACGCCUGGCUCUCCUACCACCUGAUUCAAGCCACAGAGCCGGCACUCUUCACCAUUGGCUCUCAUACGGGUGAGAUCAGGACAGCGAGAACCUUUUUGGAGAGAGAUUCCAUGAAGCAGAGACUCGUCCUUCUGGUGAAGGAUAAUGGGCAGCCACCUCUCUCAGCCACCAUCGCUCUGAACCUGGUGUUUGCUGAGAACUUCCAGGAGGCCCUUCCAGAGAUGAAAAACCUGAUGAACAGCUCAGAGGAUCAGUCUGACCUGCAGUUCUAUUUGGUGUUGGCCUUAGCUGUGAUUUCAUUCUUAUUCCUCUUCACAGUGAUUCUGGCUGUUGUGAUGAAACUCCGGCAGUCAGAGAAUCCCAGAUUCCUACAGUGUUUUGGUCCAGUUCCACAUACCAAGACUGGUGCCAUAUUUCCUCCAAAUUUUGAAGAAGGGACAUUGCCUUAUUCCUACCAACUUUGCCUCUCCUCUGAAUCCAGAAAGAAUGAGUUGACUGUGCUGACACCAAAUAUUCAUAUUGCUGAGAAUAUUCUUUGUGGUGAAAAAUUUGGUGUAUCUUUUGCGGACGUUGGAGGAAACAAUUUACAUUGUGAGUGUUACAAAACUAUAACAGGAUUUAAUAAGAAAGAGAGUGGGAUGGUUGAAAAUGUGCCAAUACCUAUGUAA